AAAAGCUGAAUCUUGAGAGAGCUCUAUAUCAGAGGGACAAUCAUCUUGAUCUUGCUCUUUGAGUGAAUCCAUCGGAAUGCACAUUUUGUGUGUAUGAUGGUGCUGCGUGGAAACGAAUAGAGUGGGCUUUGCCUUUGCGUGUCUCCCAUGCAUGAACACACAUUUCAAGUACACGCUGCAAUUUAUUGCAGUGCAGUACAGUGCAUGCAGUAUCAAGCCGGCCAAGACACCUGACGAGAGACGAUUUUGGAAUCAUCAGGUCUUGUGCUCCCUUAUAGGCUUUCUUAUCACGCCUGAACUCACUCAUCUUCUAACAUGGCUAAACCCAAAGUAAAAGCGGGCAAAAGUAAUGCUGUGGACAAACUGACUCGCCGUCCUCCAAAGAACGUACUUAGAAUCAAGAUGGGCUCAACGGACAAGCGCAAGGUACGCAGCGGCAAGCUUAAGAAGGUACUCAAGUCAUUGGAAGACCCUGAUUUUAUCUUGGAACCUGAAAUGGAUGCGAUUGUAGAUGAGGAAUUGGAGCUGUCUGAAGACCUUCUAAAUCAAAUUGAAGAGAUUGAGAUGGAUGAUGAAGAUGAAAGCGGUGUGAAAGAUUCAGGAAGAGGUUUUGAGAAGCUUUCUACUUCCAAGAAGCUGCAGACCAUGAAGCGAAAUCCCAAGACUGGGCAAUAUGAAUGUCCAUAUUGCGUUUUUUGCUCUCCUUACUACAGUGCGGUGGCCAGUCACACCCUGAUCCACACAGGUGAGAAACCAUUUCGCUGUAAGAUCUGCGGAUACCGCGCUCGUCAACGAGGUCAUGUAGUGGUUCAUAUGCAGAUGCAUGAGGAGCAGAAGCCAUACAAGUGUGUUAAAUGUGACUACUCCACUACCCAGCCAUCUCACCUUAGAGUGCACAUGAGGGUUCAUGCUGAUGAAGAAGAGAAGAAUGAAGGGGAUGGUAACUACAUUUCAGAACAGCUGGCUUCGUUGAAAGAACAAAUGAAGAGCGAGGAAGAGAAAAUGCAGUUGUUUUCUUGUAAUCAAUGCGAGUAUGUUACCAAGCGCAAGCACAAUCUCAUCCAGCACCUUGCGGUCCACACAGGAGCAAAACCCUACAAGUGUGAUCUGUGUGACUACUCUUCCAGCCAGAAAGGUCACUUGAAUGUUCAUAUUCGCACCCAUACUAAGGAGAAGCCCUUCAAAUGUCCCAAGUGUCCAUUUGCAUCAACAGUACCAAAGUCUCUGCGUGAACAUCUCCAGAUGCACUAUGGGCAACGCCCUCUGAAGUGUCCUUACUGUUCUUUCUCUUCCAGCCAGGCUUUCUCCAUCAAGCGUCAUAUUGCCUUGCACGAGGAGGUAAAAUCCUUUUCUUGCAAGUUCUGCAGCUACAAGACCACCGUUGAAGAGGAUUUCAAUCACCAUAGGUCUAUUCAUACCCAGCAAGCCUCGUACAAGUGCACAUAUUGUCCUUACGAGACACCUUUCAAGCAUAUCUUUGAUACCCACAUCCUGACCCAUACUGAAGCUCUAGGCAUUACUACUGAAAAUCGUGUUCCCAAAGGAAAUAUUCCAUCAAUGCGGUCCAGACAGGGCAGGAAGAAUCGCCUUCGCAACACUAAAAAGAAUGAAGUUCAUGAUGAACCGGAAUCUGAUAGGAAACUACAUGUAGAGAAUGGAAGCCUGUUUAUCCAUCCACCAACCCCCUCACCUUUGAAAGAGCCCAAAGCCAGUCCUGUUCCUGGAUUGGAGCCUGAGGACCUGAUGGUUGAUGUGCAUGAGGAUGCCUACAAGGAUGAUGAUGAGGUGGACUAUGACCACAUGGAAUUUGCCAAAAAUCCCAAGGCUAUCCGAAAGCAGAAUUCUCCAACGCCUGCUGAUGCGACUCGCACUGUAUCCACUGCCAUGCAGACAAUGCCAGAACCUGUGACUGAUGAGCUACCACCGACACCUACUCUCUCUGACAAGAGUGCUCCUUCUCUUCCCGACAUUGCUACUCCUUCCGCUAAUGAUGGUGCAUCUCAGCAGGAUAUCAAUGAUGCUGAGGUUGAACUGUCCUUGGUCAAUAUGGAAGCUAUGGAAGAAGAAAUCGUGGUUGAGAAUCCCAUGAGUAAGCUCUUUACCUGUGAGUAUUGUGAUAAAGAAUUGAUCGGUCAAGAAGACUGGCGGCGGCAUGUGUCUCGUCACUUCAUGGAAUGGCCAGAAAUCAACUGAUAGUUAUCUGCAAGUGCAUGAUAGAUUUCUAUUCCAACUACAUGUACGUGUACAUGUUAGUUACCUUUUUGAAAAAAAAGUCUUAUUUUUGUAUGCGCUAUUUUCCAUAGUUACAUUUUUUUUCUUCCUUGGGGGAGGGGGAUGUUCAGGGGAUAUUAAGGAAAAAAGACAUAAUUUGCAUCAGGCUACGGCUAUUAUUGUAAAGUGGCAUCAGCGUGUAUACAUGUAUUUUUAUCAGCUCAUUCAAUGUCAAGGAAAUAAGGAAAAUAAGAUGUUUUUUUAAAGGGUUGACAAAAUAAUUCUAAGUUAUUGAACUUAUGAGAUGAAUUCAAGAGUGUUUUUGAUUUUGGCAAAUUUUAUGUGAAAUACACUGUACAUGUAUGUGAUUGAUGGAUGAAAGAAGAGCACAUACAUGUAAGAUUAGGAUAGAAAGGGUUAACCCCCCCCCCUAAUUUGCAAAGGGAUUAAGGAAGGGCAUGCUCUUGUGAUGAAUUUGCUAUUGUGUUUAAGCCAUGUUCCUCAUUGAUAUUCAUAAUAUAAAAUUAAAGUAAACUGUUGGAUUGCUUCAGUUUCGAAUUGAUAAACAACGAUGCAGAACUUUUCAUGAUUGUGUAAAGAGCAAUAUAUUUUUAUUUUACAUUUAUUUUUUUAACAAGCAUUUCGUACAUGUAGAUAUCUAAGGUAAUCAUGUGAGAACAUAAAUAUUUUCAAAGUCUUCCUGUUUUUAGACAAGACAUUGUGCCUUCUGAUCAUGCUGGUAAUUUCAAUUUAUUUUCUGUCCAGAAAAUAUACCUUGAACUUUUCUUUAAUAAUUGAAACCAUGGUGCUUUUGACAUUUACAUGUACAUGUGAUGAUGUGUUCUAUAAGGUAAGAGAUAAUUUGAUUAACCAUAAAACCGUGUGGACUCAUUUCAUUUUAUUUUUGUGAUGUUCAAAAGACUGGAAAUUGGAUUUGAGUUGCUACAUUAUGUUAACCAUGAUUUUAUAUUGUGUUGUGUUGACCUUGUACUUUAUGUAACUUGUGAUAUAAACAUUUUCUUUUCUACUUGAUUUAGUAUGUUGAGUUUAUAUGAAUUCCAUUUUACUUUACAUGAUGCAUCGUGUUGUAUACUGUGUAAAUAUAGUUACUGUUUUAAUAUGAAAUCAUGGUAGA